CGGCGUGGGUCGACAUCUUGUUGCGUGUUGAUGCCGGACUAGCUGGCCCGGCGCUGCGGGCGGUUCUGAGCCCCAUCCCAGAGGGUCGUAGGUGAUCGCGACCAUCCAGAUUGAUGCGCGUUCAGACGAGCGCCCUGAUCUCCCGCACGCCCCGCCCACGUGGCCCCGCACGAGCAGCCGCGCAGCCGCAGCCCGGUUAGCCUAGCCGGCUAGCAGCUCCACACCCGCCUCAUCCCGCCUGGUCCCGCGUCGUCCCGCCAUCCCGGGGUCCCGGUACAAAGAGCUGCGGUUCCCCCGCGUCCACAGGAGCCAUGUACCAGCUCCCUGUCAACAACCUGGGGAGGAUCAGGAAAGCCAGGAAACGGGUGAAGAAAACCCUGGAAGACAUCGGACUGGACUUCUGCAAAGAGGCGGCAGAGGCGUUCAAAGAGUUUUGUCCAGAUGAAGAAUUUGUAAAAGAUACUCUGGACUAUGAUAUCUGCACUUGGGAUCCAUCGCACUCUAAAACACAGGAAUACAGAUCAAAGCCAUUUUGCUGCACAGAGUGCCCGUUUUCUUCCAAGUACUACUCAGGCUAUAAAAAUCACUUCCGCAAUGUACACAGGAAACUCUUGGAUGGUAAAAUCCUGCUCAACUGUCCACACUGCACAUUCACCGCAAGCAGGCGAACCUUGGAGGUUCAUGUCAAAAUAUUCCACGUGCCCAAUUUAGGACAGCAGUGUAACAGCAGAGCUUUACCGGCAAAGAAGGCGCUGCCCGACAGCAUCAGGCAGGGCCCCGGAGCGGAAAGGGCCUUGUACUUCUGUAAAAAGUGUUCGUUCCGGGACACGCUCUACAAUGUGGUUAGGAGACACAUCUAUAGGUACCAUUUCCAGCACAUCGUCUCGCCAUAUCUUGGUGUGAUUUCUGAAUCGCACGUUAAAAACGGUGCUAGCUCUGUUAACGGCAACAUCUUCUGCAAACAAUGUCGGUAUUCCACUCGCAGCUACGAAUCCAUGGUGCAGCAUGUCGUCGAGUACCACGAGCGCAUUGGUUCGCAGGUAACAACCAUGAUUGGACAUGCUAAUGUUCUUGGGAAGCCUCAGCUCCCACAAAACAUGAUUCAGAAAGGUCCUCUGAUCCUCACCACUAGCACCAUCAGGGGCGAGGCUCAGUCCGCAGCCCCCCCUCAGCUGCGGGUCGUGAUUCCCAGCAACAGCACUGGUGUUGACAACUCCGGCGCCGGCGUCAACACAGCCCAAACCCAGAAGUGGAAGAUAUGUACCGUUUGCAAUGAGCUUUUCCCUGAAAACCUGUACAGUGCUCAUUUUGAGAGCGCACACAAGGCCAGGAAAGUGUGGGCGCUGGCCAAGUACAUCAUGAAAAUCCACAACUUCACCAGUAAGUGCUUGCUUUGCAACCGCUAUCUCCCCAGUGACACACUACUCAACCACAUGCUGAUUCAUGGCCUGACCUGUCCCCAGUGCCACUCGGCUUUCCACAGUGUCGAGAAAAUCAUGGAGCAUGUAUCUGCAGAGCACCCUAAUGGAUUUGCCGGGCCCCCCGGUGCGUCCCCUUUAACUUUUGAUCUAACGGUUAAACAGGGGAAGUCCAGUAACGUCCAGCUUGCUGUCCUCACCUUUAACAUGAAAGAAACUCCCAACGGUCAAGAUCAGUCUGCACCUGGACAGAAACAUUUUUCCGGCCCAGGCAAACUACCGAGUGCUAAGAUGAUUGACAAGCGUAGUGAACCGAGAGGUUUUACCUCGGUAGUUCAGAACACAUCAGUUGGGAAGACUGUAUGUCCGCUGUGUUUCACCAUCCUGAAAGGCACCAUCUCCGAUGCCCUGGCCUUGCAUCUGAGGGAGCGACAUCAGGUUCUUCAAACGAUGCAUCCCGUUGAAAGAAAGAUGACGUACAAGUGCAUUCAUUGCCUGGGUGUGUACACUAGUAAUAUGGUCGCAUCCACAAUCACACUGCAUCUUGUGCAGUGCAGAGCCGUUGGUAGGAACCAGGCAAGCUUUAAGUCUGGACUGACUCUAAACUCCUCUGGCGCUGGCAUCCUCAAGAGGCAGCUGCCAGCACACAUUAUGUCCAAUGCUAAGAAGAUGAAGCUUGGCAAAGACCAAAAAAUAUCAGCCGGCACCAUUGGACGCAAGAACGAAUUUGAUGACCUUGCUCUGGAUCCGAGAAGCUUUGAGCACAAGACGUACGAAGCCAGGAAAGAUUUCCUGACUGCUUACUUCAACCAGCGUCCGUACUUGUCUCGCAAGGAAGAGGACACGCUGUCUGCAAGUCUGUGGCUGUGGAAGUCUGACAUUUCUACCCACUUUGCAACGAAGAGAAGGGUUUGCCUGCGAAACUGUGAGACCAAAAAGCUUUCGGUGCUGCUCGGCUUCAACAUGCUCGCUCUACAGAAAGUUGAGCAUAACCUGCUUAUUGAGGAGAGUCUUGUAGGCGCCCCAACGGGGAGGUCUGUCGGCAUUAAGUCCAGCAAUCCUAACACGGAGCAGAACGAUCGAUGCAAGACGCCACACCCCGCGUCACAACUCACUGGGUGCACAGAAACCAUUUCCAUUGACUCGGAUAGUGAACCAGAGGUGAAGGAAACGACUCCUUCAACUCCUUCACCAGAAGAGAAUGAAACGACUCCUUCACCAGAAGUGAAGGAAACUUCUCCUUCACCAGAAGUGAAGGAAACUUCUCCUUCACCAGAAGUGAAGGAAAUUUCUCCUUCACCAGAAGUGAAGGAAAUUUCUCCUUCACCAGAAGUGAAGGAAAUUCCUCCUUCACCAGAAGUGAUGGAAACUUCUCCUUCACCAGAAGUGAUGGAAACUUCUCCUUCACCAGAAGUGAAGGAAGCAAGUCCUUCAACUCCUUCACCAGAAGUGAAGGAAACGACUCCUUCAACUCCUUCAUCAGAGGUGAAGGAAACGUGUCCUGAGAGUGAAAAGGUUGAAGCGCACCAAGAUGGGGAAGCAUUGGUAGAGGACUUGCUGAGCCUGACAGAGGAGACGGGCCACAGAUAAUCCAUCAGGGGAGUUGCAGUAUACUCUAAUUAGGCAAUGUUUAAGUUUUAAAGACUGAUAUUAAGACAAAAAGAAAAAGAAACCAAGCACUAGUCCAGUUCUAACUCCAGUAUUCGGUCAAGCAGCACAGGACGCUAAAAAUCCUCCCCUCCCAAUGCUGCCCUCCCUCCCGGGCUUGGAUAGCAGAACCAAUAGUUACAUUAAUAGUUCAUUUUAAACCGCAUAUAUCAGUGACUGUAUAUAUUUAGGCCAUUAUUCUUGAUUAGUUUCUCCUUCAAGUUUGUAUUCAAUUGUUUCAGCGUAAGAAAUGGUUAUUCCUGGUUAUUUACUUCCACUGUUUUCUGAGCUGUGACAGAAUUUUUUUCAUGUUAUCACAUUUAGAUAGUGUAAAAUGUUACAAGCUUAUGUACAUGUUUUAAUAAAAGCCCGACUGAAAUGGUU